AUGGGGUUCAUUCACAAGGGUGGGGUUUGGUGGUUCCUCCUGCUCGCCGGGGUGCUGCUGGCUGCGGCGGCGGCAGCAGGCGCGGAGCAGGACGAUGGGGCGGUAGCCACUGCUGUCCCGGAGGUGGAGGAGGCGGAUGAGGCCCGUCUGCGCGUCGAUGAUCCGGAGGAGAACGACUCGUGCGACCUCAAGUGCCAACACCACCAAGUUCCGGCGAGGAAAAAGCAGUGCGUGGACGAGUGCCACAGCCGGGAGCAUCACCACCCCAGCAGAGCGUCUUGCGAGAACAAGUGUAGCCACUGGCAAGACCCGACGAGGAAGGACCAGUGCGUGCAACAGUGCAUGCGCCGCGGCCUCAGCCUCGCUGUGGGCGGCGGCAACGACGUCGACGAGCACCGCCACGCCCAAGAGGAGGAGGUCGCCGGGCGUCCGUGCGACAGGGAGUGCCAACUGUCUUGCCAAAGGAAGUGCCAGGGCUGGAAAGAUCGGACCAAGCACCAACAGUGCGUGCGACAGUGCGUUCGCGGCAGCAACAUCGUCGACGACGAGCACCUCCGCGGCUGGGAAGCGGUGGCCGGCGCCAUCAUCGAGGCGGUGUGA